AUCCCGACAUGGACAAGUAUCGCAAGGUCUUUAAGCCCAAGGAAGAGACUGCUAAGUCGGACGAGGAGAUUCGGGUGACGGCGGCAGGCAGCGUGUCAGCGUACGUUUCUCGUGCGGCCACUGUGUUCAAUGAGCUCAAGAAGCCCUAUGUGAUCGUGCAAGCCACUGGGAACGCCUUGACCAAAGCAGUAACGGCUGCCGAGGUCAUCAAGCGUCGCUUCAAGGGCCUGCACCAAAUCACAGAGCUAAAGACGGUCGAGAUCGUCGACGAGUACGAACCAAUGGAAGAAGGAUUGGAUAAGGUCACAGACACUCGAAAUGUCUCGGUGAUUGAGAUCAGACUGUCCAAGGAGGAAUUGGACAGCAGCAACAAGGGCUACCAACCCCCUCUGGACGAGUCAUUGGUGAAGGAAUUCGACCCUGAGGAACUGGCACGUGGCCGUGGACGAGGUGGCGGCACCGGAAAAGGCCGCGGAAAAGGAAAGGGUCGUGGCCGUGGGUCUACGAAAGGCAAAGGCCACGGCAAGGGAAAAGGCAAGUCCUCAGAAGGGGCGAAGGGCAAAGGGUCUGGCAAGUCUGCUGGAAAAUCUGGCAAAGGCGGCAAAGGCAAAGGAAAGAGUUCCAAGGGAAAGUAUGAAGAUGACUCUGCCCCCAAGGGUAAGGGAAAAGGCAAGAGCAAGGGCAAGAGCAAGAGCAAGUAUGACGAGGAGCCAAAGGGCAAAGGCAAGAGCAGCAAAGGCAGCAAGGGCAGCAAGGGCAAAGGCAAGUCCAAGAGCAGCGGUUACGAGGCCUCCUAUUCCUAUGCCCCACCCAGCAGGGGCGCCUCAGGUAAGGGCCGGUCCUCUGAUUGGUCUUAUGAGGAUAAGAGCUACGGCAAGUCCCAGAGCUGGGGAAGGAGCUAUGAUGACUAUGGCAGCAAAGGGAAGAGCGGUGGAAAGUCGGGCAAGGGAAAAGGCAAGAGCAGCAAAGGUGGCAGCUACAGCUACAGCAGCUACAACAACUACUACUGAGGCUUUCGCCACAUCGCACCUGACUGAACCCCUCUGACCAGUGUUUACUCCGCAGCACAGACGCCAAGUGAGUGGGGCGCGCAGAUCAGCCCAGGGGCCCUGGCUGCUGAUUGAAAAGCUGUCGAAACUUGAAGCGCCAGAGGAUUGAUUGCAUCAACG